ACCAGACAUCAAUCCAUGCUCUCCAAAUCUUUCUGAACAAGUCUCUCAUAUUUCAAACUUCAUUUGGCCGCUGCUGAUGAGACACUGUCAGGACCCACUACCCCAAGAGUUGCUGUGGGGAGAAUAGCAAAGUUACAUCAUGAAUAUCAAUUUCAAACAACAGCCUGAGCCUGAGUUCAACUACAAAGUAAUAACACAGAGAAGUCUGAGCGAUUCUCCUUUUGGAAGAGCAAGUGGAACUUAUUUUCUCUCCAGACACAUCCCACAUUCCAGGACAGUCUGCCAUAUUCAAGGGUUAAAUAAUGCACCUGUCUGUGUUGUGAGAGAUGCAGGGAGUUUUUCAAGACCAUACCAGGCUGCCAGCAAAAUCCUAAUCCCACAGCGAGAAUACGAUCAGCAACAUGGGCUAACUGGGCAAGGCAUGGGCACGCCAUCUCCUAGCAGCACUACACUAAGCCUCCAGGCUUAUCCACACGUUGGGAAAGGUCCAUCGCGACCAAGUUCACAGCCUGGAAGAGGAGAAAUGGCUGAUUUCUCUAAAAGGUCAAGAGACUCCCUUGCUUUACCGAGAAAGGAAGAUCCUUUGAAAAAACAACCAGCUCGUCCUCUGACUGCAGUUGGCCACGAGAUCCAUCCUUCUUCUCUUACCCGUCCCUCUUCUCCAGCCCGUUUUAUGCAUUACAAGCCAGAAGUCAGAGAGAAUAUAAACUAUGUUCCAAACUAUCUGGAUCAGGAAAUAAAAGUCUUGGAAAAACUCCGUGACAUUCUACAGACAGACUCCCUUGCAGAGAUCCAAGAGUGGCUGUCAAGGGCAAGUAUAAGAGAGAAAGAGUUUGUAUCAAAUUUGAUUCGCUCAGAAAUGACUAGCAGGGACUUGCUGAAUUAUCGGCAAAAUACGCCAAAAGAAAGUGCAGUCCAUGAUACAAUGAAGCCUUCCCAUGCCCCUUGGACAGAAACAAGGGAAGAAGUGAACAAGUUCAGGCCUUCAAGUAAAGCAUCAGAAGCAAGUAAAGGAAUGGAACAAGAAAGGGAGAGAGAUGGUCAUUUGUCCACCAGAGGGGAGAGACUUACAAUCCCAAUUUCUGAAAAUUUGCACAGAGGAAGGUCCAGCUCCCAGGGAACGAGCCACAGUCCUUCCUUAGCGCUCCGACAAAAGCCCCACCUCCGCUACAGCAAGUUAUCCACUGAUCAGAGACAUCUUACUGCCAGAGAAUAA